GCUAUAAAUUCUGCUUGGAUUGUCGUCCUCCACUUGGCCUGGAUCUUUUGAUCAGAAAGCUCAUCUACAUGAGCCACUUGAGCCAGAAGGAUUAUUUCAAGCCAGGAAACAAAUACCCUACUGCAAAUAUAUAUUUUCCAGAGAUUUGUGAUGAUGGGGAGGCAUAUGCCAACUUGCUCAAUGUUCUGUUUUUAAAAAAAAACGUGAGGUGAGGUGUAGUGAUAGAGGUGUCAGCUUCUUUGUAAUUGGUUCAGGACCUUCUUAAUGCAUGAAUGGUUUAUCAGUGGACACCCAAAAGAUCUCAUUUGCUGAGAUGAUGACAGAUGACGCUCAAACUUCUAGGGAAGAGAGAUGCUUCCGAGUUCCGACUGUGGAUUAACAGUCAUGGAGUUGAUUCAUAUGUCAGUAAUGUGUUUGAGGAUAUCAGAACAGGAUGGGUUUUAUUGGAAGUUCUUGACAAAGUUUCCCCAGGAUCAGUAAAUUGGAAGCACGCAUCAAAACCUCUCAUCAACAUGCCUUUCAGAAAAGUUGAGAAUUGCAACAAAGUUAUAAGGAUUGGAAAGGAAUUAAACUUCUCUCCUGUGAAUGUAGCAGGAAAUGAUAUUGUAAAAGGAACCUUGCACUGCGCAUUCCCCUCAUACGACACGAGCUUUUCUAAGGCAGUUGAUGAGGUUUUCCAUGCUCCGACUCCUGAAAAACUCAAGGUCUCAUUCCUGUGGAAAGGAAAUCACGGACAAUGACAUUCUGAACUGGGCAAAUAACAAAGUGAUGAGCUCAGGCAGAAUAUCUCAAAUGGAUAGUUUUAAGAUAGUUGACAAAGCCUUGUCCUUGUAGUAAUAGAUACAACAGACAUGACUGAGUUUGUUUGGUACUUUGUGCAACUUUUGAUAGGAUAAAACCCUUCCAAAUGGGAUUUUCUUCCUAGAACUUCUCACUGCUGUGGAGCGGAGGGUUGUCAACUGGAGUGUUGUUACAAAGGGCGAAACUGGUAAGUUAUUCCAUAAACCUUCAGAUUUUGAUCUGAUGUUAUCC